GUCCGGGAUUGUUGUUUUCUGCGGCGGACAACUUGUUCGGUGGCGCCUCCGCCGCCCAUGGGCGCUGCUGUUCCCCCCCACCCACCACCGCUGCUCGGGCUGUCCGGCGCGCCUCCUGCCCGCUGCGGCUCCGGGACGAGUGUCGAGCUCAGCUUUUGUGAAUGAACACGGACACGGAGACAUGCGAGUGACCGCUGAGCUCCGCCGUGGGGCUCCCGGGGGGCCGGCGGCCGGCGGGAGGGACUAGCGGCGCAGAGCCGCGGAUCGUUGCGGAAAACAGCGACCGUGACUGCGGACUGGCGCGGAGGAGGCGCCGGUGCACGGAGCACAGCGUCAAACAGCGGAACUAAACCACCAUGUCCAUCCACAUCGUGGCUCUGGGCAGCGAGUGUCCCGGAGGAGUCGGCUCUGGGGAGGAGAUCGUGGGCCAGGGCCAGCUGCAGGGGGGCUUGCUGUGGAGCUACCUGGGUCACGGAGCCCUGGUGGGUCCCUGCGACCUGGAGGGCAGCCUGCACAACCCGGCCUUCAUGGAGUACACCUCGCGUGCGUUUGGGGAUGUUACUGUGGUGGUUCGAGACUGUCCCAGCUGGGACCUGUUGGACAGCGACUGGGCCAGCGUACGGAAGGUCCUGGAGCAAGCGGACAUCCUGGUCAUUAAAUAUUCUGUCACAGACAAGCUGGCCUUCCAGCAGGUCCGAAACAGUUUCGCCCCGAGGCUUCGCCCUCUCCUGAGGCACUGGGGUGUACCGGUCAUCCUUGUUGCUGUGGGAGCUCGGCUGAAUGAUGAAGGCCCUCCUUGUACGUGCCCACUGUGCGCGUCGGACUGGAGCAGCUGUGUGCCUCACAGUGAAGGUCUGCAGCUCUCCCGGGACCUGGGGGCCACGUACCUGGAGCUGCCCUCGCUCAAUCACGUCUUUGUCGGACGCUACUUUGGCAGCGUGCUCGAGUACUUCAUGAUCCAGUGUCUGAAACACAAAGCCAAAGAGAGGCCCGAGAAGAGACGAGGCAACAAAGUGAACGAGCUCCGCCCCCCUCACUUAGAGCAACCAGCUCGUCUUCCUCCCAUCCGGGUGGAGGAGUCCAGCUUCUCCCAGGACAUGCAGUGGCUCUUGGAGCGCGGCGUGCAGUUCGCCGACGUGGCGUUCUACGCCGGGGAUUCUGGUAAAGAGUUGGGAUGGGCCCACGCAGCUGUGCUGUGUGCGGUCAGCUCCUACUUCCGACAGCUGCUCCUGGGGCCCAAGAACAGGGAGCGGGAUGGAGGUCCCCAUUCGCUGCUCUCCACAUGGGAUGGAAGCAUCAUCGACGACAUGCCGAGAUCAGACGGGCACUUGACAGGACGCCUAACUCGACUGGUGGUGAAGGACCCGCUCCUCUGUAUGUGCUUGUGGGAGACUCUCAUGUUCAUUUACAGAGGAGCGUGGGAGUGGGAGCACCUCCAGGAGGCCCUGGAGGAGAAGCUAAAGAGUUCGCUCGCUGUGGCUCAGCUUAUGGAGCGCAUACGCUCCCUCGUCGGCAGAGACAGGGGUCCCAGGGACACACCGAGUGCACGGGCAGCUCAGCUCGGCCCCCAGACUCUUGUCAACCUCUUUAAUUCCCCUCUCUUCUCAGACGUCAUCUUCAUGGUGCAAGGAAGUGUAUUGCCCGCCCAUCGCGCGGUGCUGGUGGCCCGCUGUGACGUGAUGGCGGCCAUGUUCAGUGGAAAGUACGCAGAGGCUCGGAGCAGAGUGGUUCCCAUCCACGGAGUCUCCUCGGACACCUUUCUGUCCUUCCUGGAGUACCUCUACACCGACUCCUGCUGUCCUGCCAGUGUGCUGCAGGCCAUGGCCGUGCUGGUCUGUGCCGAGAUGUACCAGGUGAAGCGACUGCAGCACCUGUGUGAGGUGUGCGUGUGCGCGUACCUUCAGAGCAUGCCCAGUAGGGAGCUGGCGUCGACAGGCAUCAGCGUGGUCCGGCUACUCCGCAGAGCAAAGUGCCACAACGCAGAGCAGCUGUACGUCUGGCUCCUCCACUUCAUCGCCAACAACUACCUGAUCUUUAGUCAUAAACCAGACUUCCUGGAGCUCUCAGAGGAGGAGCGUGAGCAGGUGGAGAGGCUCCGCUGGCCAUCCAGGGGAUACCUGCAGGAGCUCAGCGAGUACCAGCAGCGACGGCGCAAGCUACGCAAGUCUCGCUGCUUAGUCAUGUGACCACACCUGCAGGCCUAAACCCUGCGGAGAGAGGGAGGGGCAGAGAGGGAACAACAAAAAUGUGGAUUACAGCUGGACUUUGUUGGACAACGUAGCAGAUAGUGAACAUCACAGACUGAUCCCAGAUGUGAAGCGCCUCUCCACCUCUAGAGGAAAGACUCUUUGUACAAGAACUACUUCACCUUGGGCAAUACAGACUGAUCCUUAAAACCCAGAAUGAGUUCAACCCGACCGUCUGGCCUCUGAUCAGAGGCUCUGUGAUAGAUUAUAUUUCUACUCGUAGCAGCAAAACACAUCAAACACAAAGAGGCAAAAUAAACUCACACGGCAUUAAAGUAGCAUCAGAUUUCCAAACAUGCUUGAAAACAAACCAGCAUUUUGUGGAAGUUUCAAAUAAAAUCCGGCUAAAAAUGUAGGAAUUGUCUCGUCUGUUAAAUACAGACACAGAAUAGCUGCAAGAUGAGAUCAACCCACAAUGCAUUUGGGUUCUGAUGGAUGUAAAGAUGGCCAACAUGUCCACUUCCUGCAUAUCUCCACUAGGACCAUUUCUGGAGUCUUCAGACGUCCAGGCGAGCGCUGACCAACAUGAAGACACGGAGGAGAGCUGACGCAGCUGGGAGCGCCGCCUCACUCGUCGCUCCGUAAAUACGUCAGAUUAGCUUUUGAGCAGGACCAAGUUCACGAGCCCCAUUCAGUUAUUUGACAUUUAAAAUGCAUCGCCAGUACAAAUACUUUUUUUUUAUUAUAAUA